CCAACUCAAGUGUCAUAAUUUCGUAAUAGUUGCAAACCUAAAAAUCAUCUAAACAAUACUUAGAAAUUGGUGUAAUGCAUAAAUUCCUCGUUCAAAAUGUCAAUAAACAUUAUCGGCCCUGACUUAGGUGUAGCGGGGGCCAAUAAGAAUAAAAAUAAAACGUGUCUGCGGUCAGAAUGCCGGUUUUUACGGCGAACAUACCGAGUCUCCUCAAAGUUGGAGACAGAAUCGAGAUCGGCGGCAAAAUCAAGGAGAAUGCGAGAAAGAUGUCGGUGAACCUUUGCGCUCAAGAGGGGGAGGAGCCGCGCGACGUGGUGCUCCACUUCGACGUGCGUUUCCACCGGGACAACAUCAUCUCCCUCUCUCGCAAGAACGGCAUCUGGAUCGGCAGCGGGAAUUACGACACCAACUAUAACAUGUUUGUGCCUGGCACGCUCUUCCGCAUCAUCUUCGAGAUAAAGGACACGGACGUAAUCACCAUCUACUGCCAGGGCAAGUUCCAUUCCAACUUCCUGCCGAAGAUCCCUCUCACCAUGGCGCGAUACAUCGUGGCUUGGGCUGACGUGGAUAGAAUCACGCAUUGUUUCUUCCAUCUUGGGAAUAAGGCUGUCGGAGGUGAUGAAGCAGGUCCACCAGGUGCCUUCGCACCGCCAUCCCCUCGCCCCGGCCUGGUCGCGGGAGAUACUAAACGAGUUCCAAGAGCCCACAAGAAGUCGGCACCAGGAUCUCCCCAGCUGCAUUCGUCAAACGAAAGUUCUGAUGAUGAUGGCAAGAGACCGAAGGCCGAAGGGCGAGCCGACCGCUUCUUUUACGAAACCCUCAUGUGCCAGCAGCCCGACCACGCCAAAUUCUCGCCAGAAAUGAAAUACAGAAGAGACCCAGCACAGGCUAGAAGCAAAGUAGAUUAUAGAAAGUACAGAGACGCCUCCGAUUCAGAGAAGAACGAAAGCGAAGACUAUUCCGAAGAAAUCGCGUCGAAAAACAUGGAUUCUUCUGUAGCAGAAUCGGACGAUGUACUCCAAGAGUUGGGGAUGAAAAAAAGGGUUAGAAGGGCAUCGAACCUGAGUCCUGAGAACUUCCAGGUCGGCCAUGGCAAAUCUCUACCAGUAGAAGACAAUAACAGCGAAGUAAACUCCACUCCAACUGAAUGAAUUCUGAUAAAAAAUAACUCAAUCAAAACAUUUAAAUACACAUUUAUUGAAAAUUU